UGCAUGCUAACGAGUUUGAAGUCGUUUUAAAUUUAAUUCUAAUUGUCUGGAUUAAUUCGCGAAUACAAGAACUUGUUGACUCGUCGAAAUAAUCGGUUUAAAAAUGAACGCGUUUCUUCAGCGUAUGUUGAAGAAGAACAGCAACGAAGAGGUUUGUUGCUCGAUCUUCUUUUACCUAGUUGCUCCUGAAAAUUGUUGUUAAUCUUUCCAUUAAUUCUCUUAACGCGUCUUUUGGUUUGCAUUUUCACGUUUCAGCUGAACGUGCAGAAGGAGAAGGAAAAAGUGGAAGAAGAGAAGAAGAACGAGAGCGGAAGGUCAGGUUCGUCGAAAGGAAACUGGAUCAGGAAACUCGGGAAUUAUUCACCGAGCAAGUACCAAGCUCCAUCCGGUCCCACGAGGACAAAUACUAUGAGACCUUUGGACAGUCUGUGCAACAGCUACGAACAAAUAUCCCCUGCGAAAACUUUAGACUCCCCGAAUCCUCCUGCCGAGAUGCCAGACCUGGAAAGUAUUAUUCGUGAAUUCGAAACGGGCUUUCUUUCGCCUACCAAGUCGCCGGACACUAGCAUGGAGUUGUACAAGCAGAAGAACUUUGUCAAGAAGAUCGUAGCAGCGUUCGAGGUGAAAUACAAAAGUUACAGCGACCUGAAAGCAGCCCAAGAAGCGAACGAACACCACGAGGACUGUUGCGCGAGGGUAGAAACGCCAAGAAGAAGAACAAACAUCAUCAAUAACGAAUUCAAGAGCAACUAUGAAGAAUCAAAGCAACGUCAAGAUGCUGAAGACUCGGGGGAAGUGAAGAAUUCAAGAAGAUCCGGGAUUUUUGGCUCUCCCUUCAAGGUCUCCGUCGAGGAGAUCAAAGUUCCUGAAUCUAACAAAUCUCCUCGAGAUGGGAUAUCCAAGGAUCGGGGUGAAAAGUUGAAGAACCGUAAGAAGUCUCUUUUCGGUAGUUCCAGAGAUUCUAGUAGCUCGUCGGAAAUUUAUUCGCAUCCCGUGGACGUUGAUUGUCAGGAAUCGAGAGAUUCCAGUUCGGACAGUUCCUUUGUCUUCAAGUUUGACGAGAAAGUUCAAAGAUCGAACUUCCUGUUCAAUCCUUUGAACGUGCCUUCGUUGGACGAUACGGUUACAAUGGAUGGCAUUGAUCUCGAUCUGACAUUACCAGAACCAGAAGAGACCAUUCUGUUGGAGGAAGAUACUUUACCGAAGACCAGCACGAUGAUCAACGAGCACCCAAAUUACACAGACGACGAUGACGAUUAUUUUAUUCGAGAAAUAUCCAAAGUGGAUAGGACACCAAAGAUAGUCGGGGCGUUCUUGAAGGAGCCAAUCGAAGUGGAGGACACAUCCAUCGAUUGGAUACCAAUUACUGGGAAGAAACUACCACGGAAGAGAUCUCUGAAGAAGUUGUUGAACGCGUUGACCGGAAAGAAGUCCUUGGAAAAGAGAAGCAAACUGUUUUCGUCCGAGAGAAAUUUAUACGAAGAGCCACGCGAACUUCAAGAUUCUGGUUACGACGAGAAGUCUUGCUCUUCGUCUUCUCUGAAUUCGUUGAUCUCGAUCACGGAGGUACUGUUGCAACAGGAGAAUAGUUACAUGGAAGCUGAGAAGAGAGGAGGCUGUCUGACGACGUUUAAACCGAGAAAUUCUACUGACGAGGAGGAAGAGGACGAGGUGUUCUCUGACACGUAUCGUUGCAUCGAUAAACGAAACAGAAAAAGAUUGAUGUUGACCGAGGUCCCACGAAACGAGGUGAAAGUAGAUCUUGGCCCUGCCUACCCUCCAUUUCCAAAGUUCUUUACUAAGUCCUUGGACCGCAAGAUGAUCUCCAAGAAGAUUCACUCGCCUUCUCCAAUUUGCUCAACAUUAACCAGAUUACCAAAGCAUCCUCACCUCUCGACAAUGCCCAAACAUCCUUUCGUAUCUAUGACUAAGAUAGAUGAGCCUCGAGAGACUCCGAACAGCCAAGAAUCUCACAGCAACGAGGAGCCAUCGGUGAUCGUCAAGAAUGAUCUGUACGAGGUCGAAUUUCGCAGAAGUUGCCUGGAUGUUUGUUCAUUGGCUUCCUGUCGCAGUUCCUCUUCAACCGAGAGCAAUUACGAUGUACCAAGAAGGUUCUUAUCAAAAUCUGAGAACGAACUGAGAUUGAAUUCGGAGGGAAAGCAAAAGGAUCAGCCUGUUUACGACGUUCCAAGAUCCACUGUCCUCGAAAGACCCAAGUCCACUGGUUACGAAGACAUUGUCUCGUUGAAAAGAAGCGCGCUAUUACAAGAUACGGCCGUCCCGAGUUUCUAUGCAGUCCCUCGGGAAUUGGAGGUUCGUUAUGCCACCGUCAAGUCAAGAAACAGCAGCGUUUAUUUGAAUAACAACAUUCUACGAUCCAUGAACGAUUUGACCAUUAAUGAGAUGCGUUCAGCGAUGUAAAAGGUAAUUUUUUUAUAAUAUUAACUACGAUGAUGAUGUGCUGAUUUCACGAGAGAAGGUAUGGUAUUCGUCCAAAUUUUAUAUCAUUCGACGAUUUUUUCGUUGCUCAAUUUUUUUUUGUAGAUAUGGAGUAGUUGAUCGGUGGAAUUGAUAGUACAAAGAUCUUUUAGAAAUUGAUAUAUACAUAUGUUUAAGACUGUUAGCUAGUAACUAUUUUAUCGUUAAGCACUAGGGAACACGAUUCGUGUAAUGUUUUUAUAUACACAUGAAAAUUGUGUACACGUUAUUUUACGAUUGUGGCGUAUAUUUUAACAGUUGCACGUUUCGAGAAGAGACAAAAAAGGUGUUGCGUGACGGAGUCUCGUAUAUUUUGUGAGAAAUAUUUUACUAGAUCUCUGAAACGCUUUUAUACGCGUAUUUUUAUUCGUAAUUUUUAAUCCAGCCGCGUAAUACAAUUUUGUAGGGUAAUUAAUAAUGUCGAGUAUGAAAUUUUCAAUUAAAAGCGGUUACAAAUGGGUUAAGAAGAUUGAUGAAUUCCAAGGAGAAGGCUGAGUUGCGUGUUCGAUAACGUUGUUACAGGGAGUAUCAUAAUUUGUACGUGAUAUUUUUAGAUUUAAACGAAUAAGUAUCCUGUUCGUUUUUGGUAGAAAACGGUAAACGAGGAUACAGGACGUGAAACGGUUUGUAAACACGGUUCGUUAAAGAGGCGAGAGAAAAGAAGAACUUUAGCAGUCUCGAAUGUUUCUUUGCAGAAAUAUUUUCAGGGAACUCGUGUUCAAAUUUUAGGGUAUUAGGUACUCUGUGAUCUCAUUACGUAUCAGUAUUACGUGUAUAUUAAUUAUUAAGAGGACGAAAUAAAGGAAUUGUACAAAUUUAA